AUGACAUCUCUUGGUCACGAUUCGGUCACUAUUGACCGCUUACAUUUUGAGACUCUCGUACGCAGGGAUGACGGUGCCAUACAGAACGAGUACCAGCCGCCGCAAGAGGCCACAGACGACACUAGUGCUGGCUCGGAUUGGGGCCCAGACAGUGGCGGCACUCGUAUCCCGUCCGCCACCAGUUUCUAUGAUGCUCCGUUCAAGAGGCGCUUGCCUAACGAGAACGCGGACACUGACUUCGGUUCCGGCUACCACUACGCCAACGCUCAGAACUACAUCCAUGGUGCCGGCGGCAAUGACGGCCCUCCCAUCCUGAGGGACCGGUCACACAACAUGUUUAACUGUUUUCAUGGCAACAAUGAAGCUCCGAAUGUCGACCGCAGCACAGUCCCGCGAGCUCAGGGCCAGGGUCACGAACAGUUUGGCUUGGCUGGUGUCCGGGGGUUUGGUCCAGUGCUCGAACGCAACUGCAGACGGACUAUCCGUGUCAUGAACAUGCCUGUCGGGACCGCACAUGCGGCUUUGGUAGCCGUUAUCCGCGGCGGACCCGUGCUGGAUAUUUACAUCCGCACACAUGACCACUCUGCCAUGAUCUCGUUUCUCUACCCAGCCGAUGCGACAGCCUUCUUCGACCAUGUGCAGAAAACCGGCCUCUACAUAGAGCAGAAACGAGUGAAUGUUUGCUGGGCCGAACGGCAAUUUACACUUCCUGGUGAUGUGGCCCACAAGAUUCGGAACGGAGCCACGCGCAACCUGGUGAUCCGCCGGUGCAACCCAUCCGUCACAGAAGAGAUGCUCCGUGAGGACCUCGAUCACAUCCACAACAUUGUCAUCCUCAAGGUCGAAUUUACUAAAGGAAGCUGCUACAUCAGCACCAACUCCGUCCACAAUGCCUUGUUUGCUCGAACUUGCAUGAUCAGCCGUUCGAAGUUCAAGGGCUCCAAGAUUGAAUGGUAUCCUGAUGAGUGUGCACAACCUCUGGAAAGUUUUCACCAAAACGUCCAGCCAUCCUCGAAGCCGAAGAAAGUGGCCGUUACGACCAAGAAGCUCGCCAUGCCCAAAGUGGCGAACCGCUUCCAACUGCUCGACCUCGCCAACGGAGAUGAUGAGAACAGUGAAUAUGAUGACGAUAACUAUGGCACGAGUGGCGCGCCAAAUGCUGAGAUUGCCCUCCUAACGAGUCUGUGA